UGAAAUCAUGUGGUUCUGAAUAUCAUCAUUGUCUCUGAGUUCCACAAACAAAGGAUGGAUUUUCUAAACUGUUUUGGAUAAUUUCACCUCUUUUCUCUCACCGUCGGGUGUGGCUCCUGGCAACUCGAGUCAGCCAACGUCAGCUGCAUGAGCAGACUAGCUAAUGGGAUGAAGCGAACAACUUUCCUGCUGGUGUUUGGAGUCGCCCUGAGCUUCUGUCAGGCUCAGUCGGAGACAGGAGGCGAGGAGACGGGCGGGGAGGAGGAACAUGUGGAGCUCUUCACCACACCGACGACUAAGAUGGGCGCCGCCACUUCGGACUUCGGCUACAACCUGUUCCGCGCCCUGGCGAGCCGUGAAACCGGGACCAACGUGUUCCUGGCCCCCAUCAGUGUGUCCGCGGCGCUGACGCAGCUCUCCAUGGGAGGGUCUGAGCGUGCUCAAAGGCAGCUGUUCAGGGCUCUGAGAUACCACACCCUGCAGGACCCGCAGCUCCACAACACCCUGAAAGACCUGCUGGCCUCGGUCGGGGCGCCCGGGAAAGGCCUGAGCUCUGCGGCACGCAUCUACCUGGCACGACGACUUCGUCUCAAGCAGGACUUCUUCGCGCUGGUGGAGCAGCAGUAUGGAGUUCGUCCCAAGGUUCUGCAGGGAGGAAGUAAAGACGUGAAGGAGGUAAAUGACUGGGUGGCUCAGCAGACAGGAGGGAAGGUGCAGAGGUUACUGGCCGCGGCCUUCCCACGAAAUGCAGGAGGCUCUGGAGUGAACACCGUGAGCGCCGCCUACUUUAAAGGGAAGUGGGUGACUCGGUUCGGGCAGAGCGGAGCGAUGGAGAACUUCCAAGUGGAGGGCGGGGCACCCGUCCGCAUUUCCAUGAUGCAACAGGAUAACUACCCUGUGAAGAUGGGUGCCGACUCAGAUUUGAGCUGCACGAUUGCUCAGAUCCAGAUGCAGGAAGACGUCAGCAUGUUCAUCUUCCUGCCCGAUGACGUGACCUCCAACAUGACGCUGCUGGAGGAGAGUCUGACGGCCGAGUUCGUUCAGGACCUCUCCAUGACGCUCCUUCCCGCCAAAGUGUCCCUCACUCUGCCCUCCCUGAGGCUCAGCUACUCCACAGACCUGCUGCCACUGCUCAGCGACCUGGGUCUCUCUGAAUGGCUCGCAGACACGGACUUGGAGAAGAUCUCAGCUCAGCCUGCCAAGCUCGGCAGCGUCAAUCACAAGGUCGUCAUGGAGACAGCGCCCGAGGGGAACCAGUACCCCUCGGGCACCUCCUCAACGCCAAACCACCUGUCCUACCAAGUGGACCGCCCCUUCAUCUACUUGAUCCGGGACGAAACAUCGGGGGCGCUGCUCUUCAUCGGCAGGGUGGUCAACCCCAAGACCCUGACUAUAUAACACACACACACACACGCACACACACACACACACACACACGCACACACACACACACACACACACACACACACACACACACACACACACACACACACACACACGCACACACACACACACACUCUUAGCGGGUCCUAGGAGGGAUUUCAGGUGUUUGCGUUUGAGGUGGCAGAUAUCUGCAAGGAUAUUUGAAUUAAUUUGAUUUUACAUGAUUAUUUACUUUUCAUGUUGAAACAUUUUAAUCUGACACACAAACACACUGACGAUACCAAAAGAUUGUUUUUUAAGAAAUCAAAUAUUGUCAUAUGUGUGAAACGAAAUAAACACGACAAUAAAACAAAA